AUGGUGUUCGUGGGCCCACACGGCAGCAACUUUUCAAAUGUCUUGCACAUUAUUGUUGUGGGCAAAAACCCGCUGAACAUGGAUGCGAUAAAGAAAGAGAGUGAGUCUAGUCAAGACAAGACUGUGGAGAAGUGUGUCAAGGCACUCAUGGACGAGCUGCUCUUCUCCAUCUUCCGCUUCGCCAAGAAGGUGGUCACUCCUUUCAAGGAUAUCUGCUUGGUGCUGGAUCUUCUCCCCGACGUGGCCAUCGGUGGGUUGGUUAUGGACAUCAAGUUUCGCCGGAGCUCCACGUUUCAGACGGUGCUCCUGGAAUGCCUGGGUAUGUAUCUAGCUGCCUGCCACGAACUGCUAGAGUUCUUCCUUUACCUGAGGAGCUGCCCGAACCAAGCUGCUGCAUUGAUUGCUCCGGAUGCAGACUCUGAAAUGAAAGGUCGCAUUUUGAACGAGAUGCGAGCUGAAUGGCAGAUGGUUGUUCGACUUGAGAGCAGCCAGGUGACGGCAUCCGACUUGCACGACAAUUGCCGAUAUGUCUGCUUUCAGAGCUACCGCGAGCUGAUGUCUGUAUGGGAGAAGCAUCAAUGGAAGUUGCACCCAGAGGCCCUCAGCCUCACUUUGGCCUGGAUGCCAGAGGUCGCAUGGUCAUCGAACAUCGAGUCCUUGUUUAAGGAAAUGACAUCGGCAGUCCGCCGGUCGGGUUCAGCAGAUGUGGGCAGUCUCCCCAACCUCAUGGCAGUGGCCAUCCGGGGGCUUCAUCGUCGACUGUGUGUCGGCGAUUCCACGCCUGAGCCUCUCAAGCUCAGUAAAGAAGACUGGGCUGGAGCCCAGAUCCCCGCUUUAAAGGCGAAGAUCUUCAGCCCCACGUCUGCCCCCACGUGCCGUUCGAAUGCAAGAUG